GAUUAUACACAGAAUAUUCAAUCCAAAAUCUUUCCCACUUUUUGUCGUUAAUAACUCAACACAAACGAACAAUCUUUCCGGUAUACCUUGGAACUCUCUCUCUCUCUCUCUCUUGUCCAAACUAUGAUCAACCCUUUUCCCAAAAUACUCCUUUCUUGAUGAUCACAAGCCUCAUUUCAUCGUUUCUUUAUAAAGAUGGAAUCUUUUUUAGUUGGAAAUAAAAUGGGAGUGAAAAAUGGUGGUGUUGAUGGGAUGGGGGAAAGUGGUGUUUUUAAGGAUGUAGGAAAAGAGGAUUCAUGCAUUAAUCAGACUGUUUCUUGCUCAGAAGAAUCAUCAUCUUCCAUUGGCAGAGACAGUGAUGCUUCAAUGGAGAAAUCUUGUGGUGGUGAAGAGGUUCAAAGCUCCUUCAAAGGAACCUUUGAUGCUGCCAUGGAAGCUUUGGAGGAAGUUUUGCCAAUUAGGAGGGGCAUUUCAAGGUUCUACAAUGGGAAAUCUAACUCUUUCGCGUGUUUAGCAGACGCGUCUAAAGGCCUCGUCAAGCCAGACAACGCGUACAAGAGGAGGAGAAGGAACCUGCUCGCGUGCAGCCUCACGAGGGACAAGAACCGGGGCUCGUCUCUCAGCCGCAACGGUGGUGGCAUAUCGAAGAGGCUGACAGCCUCAAGUAGAAGAGCCAUGGCCUUGAACAAGAUGACAAAUGUGGUUGUGAUGGAUCAGUGUUGAUCACUGCUACAAACAAGGAUUUUUAGACUGUUUUAUAUGCUUCUGAUUUUCAAGGUUUUCUCAAGGUUUUUUUGAAGAUGAAAUUCAGUUGCAAACUUAGUUAUUUUACUAUCAUCAAUCAUCUAAAUAUUGUGACUUAGUGUGACCAUUGUUGGUUUUGUACAUUUAUGCAGAAUAAAGGGGGACUUUUAAUU